AUGAGCGGUGACGAGUUUCAAUGCACUGGCUCGGGCAGUGCUGACGUGGUGACUGUGACCGGGCAGCGGGCCCGAGUGAGUGUGCUGGUGGUGAGCGAGCGGCCCCUGGGAGUGGAACUAAUUAUCGGCAUGUCUGGCAUCUCUAGCCUGGGGGGUGUCAGUGUGCAGUCACCGUCUCAAGUCCGCUUCUGUGGAGCCGCUGCCCGUGCACCACUCGAAGUUGACGCGCCGGACUUUAGUGUGCGGUUCGACUCGGCAGAGCGAAAGUGGACUGUGGCUUGGAAGUGGGCGGACAACUCUGGCCCUGAGUGCCUGGAAAACUCUGUGCCCCAGUACUCCGUGCCACGGUCCGCCCGCUACGAAUUUGACACGGAGCUGGACACAUGGAUCAGCAACGGCUGGCUGCUGCCAUACGACGAGCAGCGGCUCGGCCCACCGCGAGGGCUCGUACCGCUGAUGGCUGUACAACAGAAGAAUAAGGAGAAAGUGAGGCCGGUGCUGGACUAUCGGGAGUUAAACAGCCACCUAAACGCCCACACCGCUGAAGCAGAUGUCUGCGCCGAUCAGCUGAGGAAGUGGCGGCGUCACGGCAGAAACGUGGCGGUCGUUGACCUCAAAAAGGCGUACCUUCAGAUCCAUCUCGACGAAAGUCUAUGGCCGUAUCAAACGGUUGAGAUUCGUGGCCAGCGCUUCUAUCUGGGGAGGCUAGGAUUUGGACUCAGCCUAGGGCCGCUAGUCAUGAAGGCGGUCGUCAGUGCUGUGCUGGCACAGGACCCUGAAAUCCAGCGUGCAGUGCUCUCAUAUGUGGAUGACUUGCUGGUAGAUGAGGACAUUGCGAGCGCGGAGCGGGUUGUCAGUCAUUUCGCCAGGUAUGGACUCGAGUGCAAGGCCCCUGAGCGUGUGUCUGAUGGUGCGCGGCUGCUCGGACUGCGAGUUCGCCCACUGCGUGACGAGCUGCACUGGGAGCGAGACAACCCUGUCGGCCCCCCGCCCAGCCCGCUGACCCGCCGCAGUGUGUUUGCUUGGUGCGGUCGCCUGGUGGCCCACCUCCCGGUCUGUGGGUGGCUGCGUCCCGCUACAGCCUGGCUCAAACGCCGUGCUAAUGCUGUGACACGCGGCUGGGACGACAUGACAGCGGACCGUACGCUGCAGGCGCAGGUCGAUCAUGUGGCUGAACGGGUGAACAGUGACGAUCCGGCGCACGGCGUGUGGUGUGUCUCAGGUGACGCGGCCGUGGUGUGGACGGAUGCCAGCUCGCUGGCCGCAGGCGUUGUUUUGGAGACCGCAGACGGUGGCCCUGUGGAGGAUGCCUGCUGGCUGAGGCGUGAAGCUGCUGCUUCUACCCACAUAAACAUGGCUGAACUGGAUGCUGCUGUGAAGGGUAUCAACCUAGCCAUCGCAUGGGGAAUGAAAACCAUCGAGCUGAGGACCGACUCCGCCACCGUCCACCGCUGGAUUGACGACGCUCUGAGUGGGCGAGCCCGGCUCCGCACUAAGGCACACGGCGAGAUGUUAAUCCGGCGGCGUGUCGACCUUAUUCGCCAGCUGGUGGAAGAAAUGGGUCUCGUGCUGACAGUGACCCUGGCGCGUGCUGUUGUGCAUCACUGUGAUGUCUGCCGCUCAAUCGAUCCGGCACCGGUCACCUGGCGUCACGGAUCGCUGGAGGUACCGGAGACGUGGCAACGGCUGGCCAUCGACGUCACCCACUACCAGCACCAGUCGUACCUGACAGUGAUCGAUUGCGCUGGUCGCCAGCUGCCGGUCGGUGACAGUGACGGUCAAGGGCGCAGCCAGGGAACGGACGGCCGUGGGAAUGGCCGCGAGGGAUCGGACGGCUCGGAGCCGGCGGUGCCGCGCGGGACGGGCGAGUUCGCCCCUGGUGACGCUGUGUGGCAAGUCUAG